UAGCAGCAGGGGGACAUGCAUCGUUGAGUGGAGGUGGAGUGACUUUGGAUCGGACGAUCGAAGUGAACAGGAGGACAGUUGUGGCCACUGCAGAUUGUCCGGGUCCGACAGCCUCCGAGAGAUGAUGUGUCCUCCGCUGCCAGGUCAGGUUCCUGUGGAGCCAGCAGUGACUUCCAAUGGCCUGAUAGCUCAGGGUGCCGUGGAGGCGUCUCCUGCCAACAAGAGCUCAACCGAAUAUAGGGAGAAGAAAGGACUUUGUGGUUUCCUCAGGAGGGUGUGGAAGGCUAUGAAACGGCAUUUCGGCUGCCGUUGUCACUGCAGUGCUGUGAAUGUUGUGGAGCCUUUCAUCCCUCCACCAGAUCUGGACCCAGAGCCUGACCCAGAUCACUCAGCCGUCAAGCACAAUCAUGAGUCCUUUGCUUCUCUCUUCGAGGUAGGAGAGAUGAUUGGGUCCGGGGGAUUUGGCAAGGUGUACGAGGGAAUGCGGAAAUUUGAUGGCAAAAAGGUUGCCAUCAAGCAGAUCAGCAAGAUUGACAACAAUCGUUAUCUUGCUAUACCUGGGCAUCCCGAACCUCUCGUAACAGAAGUGGCGCUGCUUCUAAUGAUGAGGCAAGAACCCAGAAGCCCCCACGUCAUACAGCUGUACGAGUGGUUUGAACACCCUCGAAAUUUCAGUUUGGUCAUGGAGUACCCCGAACCUUGCGAGAGCUUGCUGGCCUUUAUCGACCGCAACCUUGAACUUGAUGAACCAACGGCACGGGUCAUCAUGAGACAGGCUGUGCUGGCAGUACAACACUGCAUCGGACAUGGCGUCUUUCAUAAUGACGUUCAUCCGGGAAACUUGCUGAUAAACAAAAACACGCUAGAGCUCAAGCUGGUUGACUUUGGGUGCGGUCAGCUUCUCAGUAGUGACGGCUACGAGAGCAGAGUAUACCUUGGUGAGCAUUUUGGCAGUGUGGAAACCUGA